AUGUCGGGCUUUGGCAGCGGCAGCUUUGGCGGCUUCGGUCAGAACAACAACAACAAUACUCAGCAGUCGACCUUUGGAGGCUUCGGCUCGACCAACAACACGAACACCGGAUUCGGAGCGACCAAUAAUACCGCUACCGCCUUUGGGUCCAAUACAAACACCGGAGGUGGCCUUUUUGGCAACAACAGCAACACGAGUGGAGGCUUUGGCACCACCUCUUCGGGUUUCGGUGCCAACAAUACGAACAGCGCCUUUGGCGCGAAACCUGCCGGUGCCUUUGGAACGACGGCCUCCAGCUCUGGCACCGGCCUGUUCGGCUCUGGCAACAACGCUUCAACCGGCACAACCUCCUUCGGCGGGUUCGGCAGCAAUAACACGACCGCCAACACCGGAACCUCGACGGGCUUUGGAGCCACCGGCGGCGGCAUGUUCGGCGGCGGCACCACCAACAACAACACAGGCACGGGCUCUCUGUUUGGUGGUGGUGGCAACACGUCCGGCACGACAGGUUUUGGUGGUUUCGGCGCGACCAACAACCCAGGCAUCGGUGGUAAUGCCAGCGACCCGCCCGGCACCAACACGACGCCCUUCCAGGCAUACCAGGAGAAGGAAACCACCGGCACCGGCAACCAGUCCAACUCAUUCCAGAACAUCUUGUUUCAGGAUCCCUACAGAACGUUUGGUGUCUCUAACUUUGGCGGCACCGGCGGGUUUGGCGCCACUAACAACACCACCCAGCAGCAAUCGACCGGCUUUGGCUCUACACCCUCGGCCGGCAGCAACCUUUUCGGAGGUGGCGGCGCCAACACCACGUCGGCUUUCGGUAGCGGUUCGACGGGCACUUUUGGCAGCACCAACACGGGUGGCGGUCUCUUCGGAGCGACGAACAAGCCUGCUGCGACUGGUGGUCUGUUUGGUGGCGGUGCCGCGCAGCCUGCUGCGACGGGUGGUCUUUUCGGCGGUUCGGGCACUGCCAGCACUGGAUUCGGCUCCAACACGAACACGGCGACCGGCGGUUUCGGAUCCAACACAGCCACCACCGGCGGCGGCGGACUGUUCGGUUCCACGGCCAACAACCAAGCCAAACCUGGAGGCUUCAGUUUCGGCAACACGAACACGGCACCGACCAACACUGGUUUCGGCGCCGGCAACACGGGAUCGGCCUUUGGUUCUAACAACCCCCCCGCCAACACGACGGGCGGCGGUCUGUUUGGCGGAGGCAACACUGGCACUACGGGUGGCGGCCUGUUCGGCGGUGGAGCCAAUAACCAGCAGCAACAAAGUGCCAGCACCGGCUUCGGAGGCGGCACUGGCUUCGGCGCUCAGACCCAGCAGUCUGGCGGCUCCCUGUUCGGCAACACUAACCAGCAGAAGCCUGCAGGCGGCCUCUUUGGCGGUGGUGCCGCCACGAACACUGGCGGUGGACUCUUUGGCAAUGCCGGCGGAAACACGACCGCCGGUUUCGGUGCCACGAACACCGGCGCUGGGGGUGGUGGGCUCUUCGGUGCCCAGAAGCCUGCCACUGGCGGCACCGGGCUCUUUGGAUCAGCACAGCCGGCCCAGAACACAGCGACAACUGGAGGUACUGGUCUGUUCGGCGGACUUGGUGGAAAUACGCAAAACCAGCAGACCGGCCAAGGCGGCUUGUUUGGAGGCGGUGCGCAAAAUCAGGCGAAACCCAGCCUGUUCGGCACAUCUCAGUCUGCUGGUGGGGGCCUUUUCGGCUCGCAGAACAACCAGCAGCAGUCGUCACUCUUCAACAGCGGCCAGCAGCAGCAGCAAGGCUCCCUGCUCGGCGGCUCCCUCUUGGGCAACUCGCAGAACAACAAUGCGCCUGCGCAGCAGUCCCUGACGGCUAGCAUCUCAGACCUGUCUGCUUAUGGCACGCCCGCCCUCUUCUCCAACCUCAACGGCAACGAGGUGGCCAACCCAGGCCCCCUCGCGACUCCUCUCUCCAGCAAGACCAAGACGCGCCGGAGCUCGAUCCUGCCCAUGUACAAGCUGAACCCAGCGUCCUCCACCCGCUUUGUUACCCCUCAGAAACGGGGCUUUGGUUUCUCGUACAGCACCUACGGCAGCCCGAGUGGCAGCCCCUCGAGCGUGACCAGCACCCCUGGUAGCAUGAACCGCAGCAUGCUGGGCUCGAGUCUGAGUCGCGGACUGAGCAAGAGUGUGUCUUCGAGCAGCCUGCGCAAGAGCUUCACGGCCGAAGAUAGCAUCCUCGCGCCUGGCGCCUUCUCUGCCAGCUCUGGUCCCCGAUACUACGGCAACACGGGCAGUGUUCGCAAACUUGUUAUCAACAAGGACAUGCGCAGUGACCUCUUCGCCACGCCUACCAAGGAGAAGCCCGCUCUGGACACCAUCAAUGGCUCCCGCAAGCUCUCGAAGCGCGUCAGCUUCGACACCAGCACAAUGGAUGCCAGUGAAGACGGCGAUCACGAUGUUGCCACUCCCCGCAACGCCCCGGCCAUCAGCAACGACCUUGAUGCCCGGUCCACCAAUGGUACAAAGGCGAUUGCCGCGAGCUCCCCUGCCGAUGUCGACCCGUCGAAGGGCAAGGAGCUGGCCAUCGUUCACGAGGAGGAUGCCUACGCGCAGACGCCCCAGGUUGCCACCGAAGCCUCGGACAAGGUGCCCGGCAUGUACUGGAUGAGCCCCAAGCAGGAUGUCAUCUCGUCGAUGAACCGCAUGCAGCGCCAAAAGGUGGCCAACUUCACGGUCGGCAGGGACAAUGUUGGUUAUGUGUCAUUCAAGGUUCCUGUCGAUCUGACCAGCAUUGAUCUCGACGAGAUCUUCGGCGGCAUCGUCGUGCUCGAGACCCGUUCGGCUACCGUCUACCCCAACGCGGCCAAGAAGCCCCCUGUUGGCAAGGGCCUCAACGUUCCCGCCACCAUCUCUCUGGAUCAGUCCUGGCCACGCGGCCGCGACAAGCGGCCAACUAUUGACCAGAAGCGCCUGAACAAGCACAUUGAGCGUCUCAAGAAAAUCCCCGACACCACCUUUGUCGACUACAACAGCGAGACGGGCGUCUGGAAGUUUUCGGUUGAACACUUCACCACCUACGGCCUCGACUACGAUGAAGACGAGACGGACGCUGACCUCGGGUCUGGCGAACAGAGCCAGCAGCAGCGGGCUCCUGCCGUUGCCACUGUCGCCGAGCACUCCAGCUCCUCCGAUGACCUGGUCAGCCCGGGUGAGGACGACACCUUUGACUUUCGGAGGAAACGGCGUGCUCUUCCCGGCGCGUUCGACCAACGCGAAGGACAACUCGAGGACGACGAGGACGAUGACGUCCUCCGCUCUACCACCAACCAGAGCCAGCCUUUUUUUGGGCAUAGCUCCGCGGGUUCAACGUCCAAGGCCCUCAUCCUCAUGCCCGAGGAUGGCAUGGCCAUUGAUCAGGACGACGAAUAUGACAUGUACGAGAAUGAAGAUGGAACGGGUCCUUCUCUCGAACAGCAUCUCGCCGCGGAGCAACAAACCGACUCGUCAGAUGAUCCUGGCUCGCCGAUCAUCGAAACUCCCGGUGGCAUCCUGCGCGCCCGCAUGAGGGCUAUCAAGGGAUCCGCCACACCACUACGACUACAAGUUGCGGAUGGAGACGCAUGGAUGGACAUGCUUCAGAAAUCUGUCAGCCCCCAGAAGCGCGAUCGUGCGCUUCUCAAGAACGAUGCCGAGAACGGCAACCGCUUUAGCGGCGAAAAGACGGAGCGCUCCGGCACAGCGAGCCGGGUCGUCUCCGAUGGGCGAGGGUUCGCCACCAGUAUUGACUUGAUGAACUCCCUCUUUGAGAAGGCAAAGGCUCCUGCUGCCAAGCCCUCCCCGGCGCCCAUGGGAUUUGUUCAGUGGCCCUAUGAACGACAGAGGAAGACGUUUGGCGAUCAAUCCGAUCUCAGUGAAAACGAUCUCGCGUACCACAAGGCUGUGAAGCCUGGCUGGGGACCCGACGGCACGCUUGUCUUCCCCGCUGCGCCCUCAUCCCUGGCGAGAACGAUGAAGCCGGCUAAAGGCGACAUUCUAUCCAUACGCGCUCGUGUCCCGCAAGGUGCGGAGACGGGCGUUUGCCUGAUGAAGUUCUCCAACGAGUCCUCGGCCAAGGCCAUUGAGAACCAGAUGCGCGCAACAAGCGUGGCCCUCGUCGAUGGUGUCCCUACAGUGUCCCUUAAUGCGGCCAGCCUGAAGAGCAUCUUCCACCACAGCGACCUGAGCAACCCAGCCAGCGCCCACGAGAAGCUCGUCUGGGAUCUCGCGAGCAUCUUGUUUGACCGGGUGGUUCCAUCCGCCGCAGCCACCGAAGAACAGCUGCGCAAGAGACAGCUAUCAGGCUUCUGGGCCGACCUGGUCGACGCGGCGACGAGUCGCGCAGUCGCACUGGCCAAGUCCAGCGAGGAGAAGGCGCUGACUUCCCUUGCAGGCCACCGGGUCCAGGAAGCUUGCAAGCUGCUCGUUGAUGGCAAGGACUUCCGCCUGGCAACUCUUGUUGCUUUGAUUGGCACCUCCAACCAGUCGAAGCGUGAUAUGCGCACGCAGCUUGCCGAGUGGCAGGACAACAAUGUCUUGUCUGAUUUCACGGACGCCAUCCGUGCCAUUUACGAGGUUCUUUCCGGGAAUGUCUGUGUAUGCGAGGGGAAGAAGGGUGUUCCCGUCGCGGACAGGAUGGAGUCGUUCGUCAUUGCUCGCCGGUUCGGCCUGGACUGGAAGCAGUCAUUUGGCCUGCGACUCUGGUACGCCAUCGCCCGAGAGCAGAGCAUUCCUGCAGCUGUCAAGAAGUUUGUCGACGACGUCGCUCAGGAUCGUGAGGAUGUUCCACACCCGUGGUACAUUGAGCAGGGCUUUGAUGCUCUCUGGGACGACCAGGACCGCCACCAGCGUGAGGAUCUCCUCUGGGGUCUUCUCAAGCUCCAUGCCGAUGACGCGACCGACUUGGAGUCUAUUCUUCGACCAGAGAACUCACAGCUUUCGCCUCUAGAUAGCCGUCUCACGUGGCAGCUUGGUCGUGCUCUUCCUGCAACUGGCAAGGUUUCUUUCGGUGUUGACGCGUCUGAGAAGGCCGAUGCCGCGACCCUGUCGUUUGCGGAUCAGCUGGUCAACGAAGGUAACUGGGUCGAGGCCACUUUCGUCCUGCUACAUCUCAGCAACCCCAAGACACGGGCCAAGGCGGUGCAGGAGCAUCUUUCUCGACACGCCGGCUCCAUUGGGUCCGAAACCAGUGCCGACUUCACCACGCUCACCCAGACGCUCAAGAUUCCCUCUGCGUGGGUUUGGGAGGCGCGUGCGCUGUACAUGCGCAGCGUCAAGGCAGACCCAAUCAGCGAAGUCAAGUGUCUCCUCCAGGCCGAGUCAUACGAGGCGGCACACCGGGUUCUGGUUGACAAGGUGGCACCAACGGCCGUUGUUGAGCGCGACUACGACGGUCUGGCGACUCUCUUGGCUUUCUUCGAGGGCCAUGAAGAGUCUGUUUCCGGCUGGAGUCUCGGUGGUGAGAUCUACCGGGCAUUCCUGACACUCCACCGACGAUUCGAGCGCCGGGAGCGUGUGCCUUCAGAUGUGGUGGAGAAGCUUCUCAGCGGUCUGCCCGUGAUCCGCGAGACGGCGGAGAGCGGCGACAUGAUCAGCCAGGCGGCGGUUUCGGAGAUGAGCAGCAUCGUGGCCAAGGUGGUGAUGGAUGCAACCGAGCACGAUCAGAACGGAGUGUCCCGAAUUCUUGGACUGCCUUUGACUGAGGAUGCGUAUCUGCAACACUCGCUCCACCUUGGUCGCACCUACUACCAGGGCAUCAUGGCUGGGGCGAGAUGA